AUCGGCUUUUCUUGCAGCGAUUUUAACGAUUGUCAUUUUUUUUAAGUUUAUAUUUGUAGAUGUCAACGAAAGAUCAUUUUCAUUUUUCUCGUUAUAUUUGCGGCUUGUAUAAGGAUGUCCGAAUUGGAAGAAAAGUUAAGUAAUUCUAGUGUUAUCGUAGUGAAUAAAUUCAAAUAUUAUUUGUCGACAUCAAAUAAAUCUACAGCUUAUUGUGCUAUGAGAAGAAAAAAAUGCAAGGCAAAAGUAAAUCUCGAAGAUGGGAAAUGGCAAUGCGGACAGGAAAUACAUAACCACGAUGCUCCUGAAAAUGACUACGAGAUUCAAAAGAAGGCAGAAGAAGAGAUAUUACGAAUAUGCAAAACAUCAAGCGAGAGUUUUAAAACAAUUUUCGAUCAAGUUUGCGAAAGUGAAAAAGUCACCCUAUCUUUCAAUGGAUUAAGGCCUCGAAUGAUGAAAGCUAGGAUGGAAAAAUUUGAGACAGUUAAAACAAGCACUCAAUUCUUUCAAGCGCUGAAAUCUUCGGACACACACUGCAAGUCAAUUGCUCCAGGAGUCGAAAUUUUAAAGCUUUCAUCGAUCAAAAGCGAUGUUGAAACUUUAUACAUCGACGAUUCUUUUCAAUUGGAAUUCGAAAAGUUUGACGUAAAGUUCAUUAACUUUAUUAUUGAAGAUGCAGGAAAAGGUUUCAUAGUAUUUUGUGCAGUAAUCAUAUCACUGAGUGCGGCUAUUAUAAGAGAAAUAUUGAAAGAAAUUCUAUCAAUGCCAUUUAUGCAAAAUGUGAAGACAAUUGUGGGCCCUCACGAUUUGGACUUUAAAAGAAAUUGCCAAGAAAUGUCGUUAAACGUUUUUUACAAGCCUGGAUGGUAUCAUUUUCGACAGAUCAUGAAAGAGACUUUCAUCGAGAAUGAAUUUAAUUCGGACUCUGAUGAAAUUUUAACGGCAAGUUAUGUCAUUCCAUUAGUUCCAACCCAAAAUCUUUUUGAUGCUCAAGGAGAGUUUAUUAGCUGUACCGAAAAAUCGAAUGCGUACAGUAAAUUCUCUAACGACGUCAUAAAAAUAGUUUCUAAAAUUGGAUCUGAAAUAUGUAUUGUUUCUGACAAUGUGGUUACACACAAUAAUAUUUUUGAAAUCGCUGGAAAACAAUUUGAUUUAGUAAAAAAGAGCAAGUCUCCAGGACAAUUAAUCGAAACUCUUAACGACUUGAUGACGGAGCGACAAAAAACAAAAGUUAUAUCAGAAUUUUCUAAAAUAAUUGAAGAUACUAUUCACAAAUUACAGAACGUUCCGAGAUUGACCGUAAAAGCAGCAUUUAAACUUAUGCACGAUCAAGUUAAGAAAAGUUUUAAAUACACAAAACGUGAGUGA